AUGAAUGGCUUAAAAACUAGUAUCUUCCGAACAUUGCCACUGUAUGGCGGCAAAUUGAGCCGACGAGACUUGAGAAAUGCGGCUUGUGGGAUUCCCAAAAAAAUUGAGCAAAUUGUGAUGAGCGAGCAUCAGACACCGUGCACGCCGCUGCAAACAAAAGAGCUCAACAUUGUCCUGUCGUUCGUGCGAAAACCAAAACAGCCACUUACCAUACGACAACGUGCAACGCUGAUUCAAGCGCUGUAUAGACGCGGAGCUCACCGGGACUUGUUGACAGUGGCCAACUCUGCACUUUUCGACUCCAACCAAAACUUUAGAGAUAACGUUUCUGGUGCGGAACUGAAAAAAUACUUUGCAUCACUCGUUGCGACGGGUAGAACCAUGCAGCUGACACACAAUAUGUUUCAGCUGAUGCGGCAGUUUUCGCUGCGUAGAAAAAGCAUGGUUCUGAGCGUGGUAAAUUCCACAUUCACACAGGCGUCCCUGUGCUAUGGCCCGUCUGAAGCUCUGCUCAUAUGGGUGAAGCUAUACAGGUUUUUAGAGGGACACGCGAACUUCACGAAUUAUGACAACGACAAAGCGUUUUUGAAGACGCUUCUUUUUUUCCUGCGAGCCCAUAAACUAGAUGUGAACGCGGUUCGAGAUGCUGUAAAAUUGAUAGACAAAACGCAGGGCCCGCUUGCCGCAUCUCAGUUCACAUCGACGCUAAUGUAUUUGACAACUUACAACAGGGAUUUCGAUCUCACAGAGACACUAUGGGACUACAAGAUCGAAAAGAAACUUCCCAUCACAACUUCAGACCUUACCCAGAUUUGUAAAACCUACUGUCAUUUCCAAAAGUUUUCUCUUGUUGAUACAGUGCAUUCACAGUUUCCUGAAGCUCACGACGAUUCCCAAUUUGACUAUUUAUUGAUUGCUUACGCCAAACAGCAGGACUGGCAAAGUCUCCAGAAUCAAUUCAAUGCAUUGUUCGGAGUAGGUGAGCUACCCAGUAUAGCCCAUUACGGCAUUGUGAUGUUCUCAGUCGCGGUCUUGGGUGAAAAAGAGAUGGUGGAUAAGCUAUACCGUCAGCUUCUAAACAGAAAAAUGAUCCCAACUUUGCCUGUGCUUCAGGCCCUUCUACUUGUACAUUAUAAACGUGGUGAUUAUAGCGGCUGCUUCGAGCAUUUUGAGCUUUUCAACAAAUACGGAAUCAGGCCCACAGCUUCCACCUGUCAAACCAUGUUGCGUGUGUACCGCAACCUGUGCGACAUCGAUGGAUCGCUUAGGUUUUUGAAAAAAAUGACUGAUUCGGGUGUGGAAAUGUCAGAAAAACAUUUCGCUAUCAUAAUUGGGACCUGUGCGAAAACCACUAACUAUGCUAUUGCAGAGGAGCUCUUCCAAGUCAUGAUAGGGCAUUAUAACAUUACUCCGACGGGUACUUCGAUCGCAUCGCUGGCUCAUGUUUACAUCGAAAGUGAUUUGCCCCAACGUGCCAUAAGGCUUUUCAAGAAAUACAGAGAUUUGCCUCGUCCUUUGGAAAAUAGCAUUGCCAUCUAUAAUAAGGCGGCGGAAGCUUAUAUGCGUAUGAAUCGCAUGGACAAAUGCGAGAAAAUAUUUGAUGACGUUCUGCAAAAAAACAUUGCAGCAGAUUCCGAAUUUUACACGGUGAUGCUCAAACAUCUUACUUUUUUCAAGAAAGAUUUUGAGACCGCUGACAAUGUUUUGGACCAACUCCUACAUCAUCCUUAUCUGAAGGCCUCGCCAUCGCAUUUUGAAGUCAUAAUGGGUGCUUUUGAUAAAAUUUCCAAUCGCGACGCGGUUCUUAAGCUAUACCAAAAAAUUUUGGAUAACAACGUUCCCGUUAGCUCCAAAAUACUAUACUACGUGAUUAAAGCUACGUUCACGAAGAGGCUAAAAUCGAAGGAAAAUCUGACAGAAGCGAUAGACUUUGUUGAAAACAUCAUGAGUCGAUCCGCCAACAGGGCGCUGGACAUAACCUUCGAAAAACUUCACCCUUCAGUGAUGGCAUGGCCAAUGCGGGCAGCUGCGAAAUUCCAUAGCCCUAUGAAGGCUAUCGAAUUGAUGAACAAGUAUAACGAACUCUUUUUCGACAAGGCUGAUGUCGCUGCAGGCAAUCUCGUUGUGCUGAGAAGCCUCAUGGUACUGUCUGCUGAGGUUCACCAAUGGGACGACUUUCAAAAACUUUACGAAAGAUAUAUGGGCAAGCUAAAAUUUUACAAAAGCCAACCGUCCGCGAUUGUUCCUAACAAGAAAUUGGCCUCGUCACUCAGAGGUGUCUUAACCUACAAAAUAAGGCAUCUGGUGGCCACAGAUUGCGUUAUCGAAAUCCCAGAGCUUUUGAGGGACAUCGCGUCCAAAAACUUUGUUAUAGACAACGAAGCUUGGAACGAAGCCAUUGUCAAUCUAUUCGCAGACAGGCGAACGAUUGAUUAUGGCUUGCAGGCAGUCGACUCCAAGCUCAUCCACGGUUUUAAUCUCGUUCACAAAUACAGGCUAUUGAGAAAGAACGCGGCUGCCAAUACAUCAACCGACCGGAAUCCCUGGUUCUUGGAAAAGAAACGUCAAGACCCGGCUAGUUUCCAACCUAAAGUCUACUUAAAAUCCACCGUUUUGGAGAGACUAAAUCAAUCACUGGACACUUAUUUGGGUUCUUUGGAGAACGUUGAGGCCGAAUUGAAACGACUGACCAGUCAUUACAAAUACUUCAUGAAAAGUUACUUGAUGAAACCAAGAACAAGGAUACCUGGCUGGGAAAGCAUUGAGUUGGCACAUGCUUCAUACCUCUCUAAACUGAGAAGUGAGAAAAAGGCCCUGGACGAACCAUUUUGA